AUGCGUCUAACACCUACGUCAGCGAUACUCGUUGCCUCGGGUCUGCUGCCGGUGCAUGUCACUGCUCAAGACACAAGCGGCGGUGCUGCCCCAGCCAAGCCAUGCGAAUGCUUCGUCACGAACGGAACAGCGCCCGAAUUCUUCUCAAAUCACCUCUUUUUCGACUACCGAAACUUGACGCAGUUUGCGGGAGUUCCGCCAGCCGUGAGCAACGAGGACGCUGUGUCAGACGCCCCCAUCACCAGCGAUUUCUUCGCUUCCGAAGAAUGGACAAAGCACUGGGGUACCCAGACCUGGGAUAACAGCAAAGGCAAAAGCCAGGGCUUCUCUAAUGAUGCAACUGUCCACAUGAUCAAUUCGGCCAACAACCUCUUUAUCCAAGCCAACGAGGACAGCAACGCUGACUCGGCCACGUACUUGACAAUGCGAACCAAGCGGUUCAAAGAUUUUCAAACAGCCGCUGAAUUUGAAGCGAUUCACUACGACUACAAGUUCCUGUCGUUGCGGAUGCUCGCCCGCACCGUCGGCAGCGCAGGCGCCGUGGCCGGCAUGUUCACUUACAAAAAUUCGUCUGAUCCAGCCAAGGUUCAAGAGGCUGACAUUGAGAUCUUGACGCGCGACCCGGGCAAUGUCAUCCAAUACACCAACCAGCCGUCAGAUCUCCCAGACGUUGGCACCAUCCCCGAGGCUACUCGCAAUGUCACGCUUCCCGAUGGCGUCAAGUGGUCGGACUGGGCUGUGCAUCGAGUCGACUGGACACCGGAGCGGAGUGUGUGGUACAUCAACGGCCACGAUGUGGCCAGCAUAGCAUUCCAAGUGCCCCGAGAUGCGUCCGGUAUCAACUUCAACAUGUGGAGUGACGGGGGUUCCUGGAGCGGCAACAUGUCUGUCGGCGCCGAGGCAAGCCUGCAGAUAAAAUGGAUCGAGAUGGUCUACAACUCAACCACCCCUAUACCUGCAAGAAAAAUGGCUCGAUCUGAGCUGCAACACCCGAGGGCUAGUCUCAUACACAGGUCUACCAAAGGCAAGACCUGUCAAGUAGUCUGCUCCAUCGACAACGGAACCCAACCUGGGGUCUCGGUCGUCCUCUUUACCAGCUCGCAGAGUUCAGGUGCCAGAUUCAGCUCCUUUGGGACAUACUGGCUCUCAAUUUACAUGGCGGCUGUUGCACUGCUGCUGCCUGCAAUGCUGAUAUCCUCGUAG